UAGCCAGAAACAAAAAAAAACAAUGUUCUUUUGUCUUAAGAUGUAGAAACAUCUUGUGAAUGAAACUUCAACAGUCGUUACUAAUGAGUGGAUUGAAAUUAUUCAAGAAUUGUUGAGUCAAAUGUUUGAACAAAAGGAUUUGAUUAGAGAUCUGGAAAAAGUGUUGGGUUUCUGACACCAAAAAUUGGUUUUUGACAUGAUGCAUCAAAAACCUAUGAAAUAGCGUCAUAAAUUUUCAAAAUCCAUCAAAAAUUGUCAAAUACUUGGGAAAUCUCCUUAAAUAUGGCUAAAGAAAGAAAAGGAACUUUCAAAGUGAAUACUUUGCUGGAGAUUGAAAGAUCUGUUCAGGAAAAGUGGGAGACUCAGAAGAUAUUUGAAGAAGAUGCCCCUCAGCAAAAUAUUAAAGUUGAAAAAUAUUUGACCACUUUUCCGUAUCCAUACAUGAAUGGUCGACUUCAUCUGGGUCACACAUUCUCUUUGUCAAAAUGUGAAUUUGCAGUUGGCUACCAGCGGAUGUUAGGAAGGAAAUGCUUGUUUCCAUUUGGUCUUCAUGCGACAGGUAUGCCUAUCAAAGCCUGUGCUGAUAAAUUAAAGUAUGAAAUGGAGACAUUUGGAUGUCCCCCAACAUUUCCUGAUGAUGUUGCUGUUAAGACUGAAGAAAUUGUAGAAGAAGUGAAAAUGCCUGCUGAUAAGGCGAAAGGGAAAAAGAGUAAGCUAGCAGCUAAAACUGGAGGUGGAAAUUAUCAGUGGCAAAUUAUGCAGUCGUUAGGACUAAAAGAUGAAGAAAUUGUAAAGUUCGCAGACGCCGAACAUUGGUUGAAGUAUUUUCCUCCUUUGGCUAUCAAAGAUCUGAAAGCUAUGGGUGUUAAAAUAGAUUGGCGUCGUACUUUCAUCACGACAGAUUGUAAUCCUUAUUAUGACUCAUUUGUUCGUUGGCAGUUUUUGCGACUAAAGGAAAGAGGGAAAAUACAAUUUGGAAAAAGGUACACGAUAUUUUCACCCAAGGAUAAUCAACCCUGUAUGGAUCAUGAUCGAAGUUCUGGAGAGGGUGUAGGACCACAAGAAUAUACCCUUAUCAAAAUGAAACUUCUGAAACCUUUACCGCAAUUGAGCAGUUUCACUGGUUUUUCAGUGUAUCUCGUAGCAGCUACCAUGAGGCCUGAAACAAUGUAUGGCCAGACCAACUGUUGGGUGAAGCCAGAUAUGAAAUAUGUAGCCUUUCAAGUCUCAAAUGGGGAAAUAUACAUCUGUACUCACCGAGCGGCCAGAAACAUGAGCUAUCAAGGUUUCACGAGAGAGAAUGGAAAAGUUUCUGUUCUGGUUGAGCUGGAGGGUAAGGACAUUUUGGGUCUCCCUCUCAAAGCACCUCUGACUGCCUACGACAUUGUAUAUACUUUGCCAAUGCUCACCAUUAAAGAUGAUAAAGGAACUGGAAUUGUCACAAGUGUUCCCUCAGAUUCACCAGAUGACUGCGCUGCCCUGAGGGACCUAAAAAAGAAACCAGACCUCAGAAAAAAAUUUGGUAUCACGGAUGAAAUGGUUAUGAAAUAUGAACCUGUCCCGAUUCUGGAAAUCCCAGGUUAUGGCACUCUUGCUGCUCCAACAAUCUGUGAUGAAUUAAAAAUCCAAAGCCAAAAUGAUAAAGAGAAACUGGCCAUUGCCAAAGACAAAGUCUAUUUGAAAGGAUUUUAUGAAGGUGUGUUAAUUGUUGGAAGUUAUAAAGGUCAAAAAAUACAAGAUGUCAAGAAAGCAAUUCAAAAGGAUUUGAUUAACAAAGAAGAGGCAGUAUUGUACAUGGAACCAGAGAAAAAAGUGAUUUCACGAUCGAGUGAUGAAUGUGUGGUUGCUCUUUGUGAUCAGUGGUAUUUAGAUUAUGGUGAACCGUCAUGGAAAGCUCAAGCGACUCAAUGUCUUGCUGCCAUGAAUACAUACAGUGACGAAGUGAGAAGAAAUUUAAUCGCUACUUUGGAUUGGCUUAAAGAACAUGCCUGCUCACGAUCAUAUGGUUUAGGCACUAAAUUACCAUGGGAUGAGAGUUGGCUAAUAGAAUCGUUAUCUGAUUCGACGAUCUACAUGGCAUACUACACUAUUGCCCACCUACUGCAAGGAGGAGUAAGGGGCAGUAUUGAUGGAAGUAAAGGCUCACCUUUAUCCAUUAAACCUUCUGAUUUGACACCAGAGGUAUGGGACUACAUUUUCUUCAAGGAUGCUCCUUUCCCCAAGACCAAAAUCAACAGAGGCUCUCUCCAGAAACUCAAACAAGAGUUUGAGUUCUGGUAUCCAGUCGAUAUCCGUUGCUCUGGAAAAGACUUGGUGCCUAAUCACUUGACUUACUUCAUUUACAACCAUUGCGCCAUGUGGCCUAAUCAAACAGACAAAUGGCCAAAAGGCAUCAGGGCGAAUGGCCACCUUCUCCUCAAUUCAGAGAAAAUGUCUAAAUCAACUGGAAAUUUCUUGACGUUGUCUGAGGCUAUUGAAAAAUAUUCUGCUGAUGGAAUGCGUCUCUCCUUGGCUGAUGCAGGUGAUGGUAUUGAAGAUGCCAAUUUUGUAGAAAACAUGGCUGAUGCUGGAGUGUUGCGUUUGUACUCUUUCUUGGAGUGGGUCAAGGAGAUGAUUGAAACUAAGGAUGACCUGAGGGACUCUACAAUGGACACCUUCAAUGACAGAGUAUUCUCUAAUGAUAUGAAUCAUUGCAUCAUAGAAAGUGCACGUCAUUAUGAAGACACUAUGUACAAAGAGGCUUUACGAGUUGGCUUUUUUGAAUUGCAAGCUGCCCGGGAUAAAUAUAGAGAACUAACUGUCGAAGAGAAAAUGCACAAGGAGCUGGUGUUUAAGUUUAUUGAAAUUCAAGUGUUGUUACUGUCUCCAAUAUGUCCUCACAUUUGUGAACACAUUUGGUCACUUUUGGGAAAAAAGGAAAGUAUUAUGAAAGCAAAAUGGCCAGUUGCCGCACCUGUUGACAAAAUCCUGCUGAAAGCCUCAUCGUAUUUCAUGGACGCUGUUCAUAAAUUUAGGAUAAGGAUGAAAAAUAUAAAAGGAAAGAAAAAUGCACCAACAACUAAGCCAACAUCUGCAAUCAUUUGGGUUGCCAGAACGUUUCCUCCUUGGCAGUCACUCGUGCUUCAAACUCUUCAAAAUUUGUAUAAGGAAAACGAAGGUUUGCCUGAAAAUAAAAUAAUAGCUGCUCAGUUGGGUAAACUUCCUGACCUGAAGAAAUAUAUGAAGAAAGUAAUGCCUUUUGCUCAAGUGAUGAAA